UAAUUCAUAAUGCUUAUAGAGGACGAAACUGGAAAUCAUUUAAAAAAAAUUAAUAAUAACAAUAAUAAUAUCCGUAUUUCAUCUGCGUUUCUUCAUUCGCGAUUCGCAAUCGCAAUUAUUUAUCAGAGGAAGAUUAAUCUCCGAUCAGUACUGUCCUAUAUAAGGGUUUGGUUCGCUUUGCUUUCAUCCUCAGUUUUGUCUGGUUGGAAAAUGGAACAUAAGAGAUGGGUGUUAUUGUUGGCCAUUUUUGCUUGUCUUCUUUUCUUUUCACGUGGAAGAGUUGCAGUUCUCAAGUGGGAGACUGAUGAUGAUUCACCUGUUUACAACCAUACACUUGCCUUAACACUUGUUGAGUAUACUUCUGCGGUCUAUAUGUCUGAUUUGACAGAGCUCUUUACUUGGACGUGCGAAAGAUGCAAUGGUUUGACAAAAGGUUUCCAAGUAAUAGAGAUAAUUGUUGACAUUGAGCACUGCCUACAGGGAUAUGUUGGGGUGGCAAAGGAUUUGAAUGCUAUAGUUAUUGCAUUCCGGGGAACUCAAGAACACAGUAUACAAAACUGGGUCUCAGACUUGUUCUGGAAACAGCUCGAUCUAAAUUACCCUGAUAUGCCAGAUGCAAUGGUUCACCAUGGCUUUUAUAGUGCUUAUCACAAUACAACGGUACGGCCUGCAGUUUUGGGUGCAGUUAAACGAGCGAAGAAAUUCUAUGGGGAGAACAUCAAGAUCAUGGUGACUGGUCAUUCAAUGGGAGGAGCCAUGGCUGCCUUUUGUGGGCUAGACCUAGUUGUAAAUGAAGGAUAUGAAGACGUACAGGUCAUGACAUUUGGGCAACCUCGUAUUGGGAAUGCGGCUUUUGCAUCUUAUUACAGUUUGCUUGUGCCUAAUACCUUCCGGAUCACGCAUGACCGAGAUAUAGUUCCUCAUCUUCCUCCUUUCUUUUAUCUUUUCCCCCAGAAAACAUACCACCACUUCCCAACUGAGGUGUGGGUGAGAGAUCUCAGUAUUUUAAAAAUUGUUCGUAUUGGUAUUGAGAAAGUUUGUGACAACACCGGUGAAGAUCCUACAUGCUGCAGAUCGGUAAUGGGAAGUAGCAUAUCCGACCACUUAACGUACUUUGGGGUAGAGCUAAUGGGUGAGACUUGGAGACAAUGCAGCAUAGUGAUGGGCGAAGAGGUGGAGAGUUACAGUAGAAGAGAUUCAAAGGGUAACAUUUUCCUGUCGUGGACAGAUCCUUCUGUGGAGGUAACUGAAAUGAACACUCUAUCCACAAUCGGAGUCUCCAGUAUGUAGGAGCUGGUUGAUUGGAGUGUUGAACCAGAAUACUUUGCUUGAAGGUGAGAGGUUGGGAAACUCAGAGGUGGAGGAAGGAGGAGGGUUCUUUGAUUCUUUACGGUCGUGUGAGAUAGUGUACAGAUAAUAACCAAGACGUUGUAAAUAGGUCGUCGGUUGAUAUAAAAUAAAAUAAAAUAAAAACAUGUUACUCUCUUACUAACUUAAAUCCAUUAUCACAUGGAUAGUGGAUACAGCUAUGUAACUAUAUAAAUAUGUAUGGAUAUCCAAUUUAUGUGGAUGGUGAGUUUAUGUAUCAUAUGUAGUAUUAUCUCCAGUGUCCACAUCUGUUGGAGCUCCAAAGCGAUGAAUGUAUUAUCUUUAUCUAUCUACUAGGGUUGGGCGCAAGGCGAGUAUUUGCUAUUUUGCGUGUAUUUGAUACUUGACUUGCCUUGCACGAGUAAUAAAACUUCCGACUUGUAUUUGACUUGUUAAAAAUGAGUACUUGCUAUCUCGAGUACUUGAUCAAAUAUCAG